CCCUCCCCCUCCCGCCGGGUCUCCGCAGCGGCGCGGGGAGGCGGGGGCUAAAAAUACCCGGCGGCGGCGGCAGCGGCGGUGGCUCUGGGGCUGCGGAGCUGCGGGCCUGGGAAGCAGUGCGGGCCAGGCUGGGCCCGCUCACCAACAUGCUGACCUUCUUCUUGGUGUUGGGGGGGUCUUUCUGGCUGUCUUCCGAGAUUGCCCUCUCACUUCUGGAGAAGAUGCAGACCCAGGAGAUCCUGAGAAUCCUGCGGCUGCCCGAGCUCUCAGACUUGGGUCAGUUUUUCCGCAGCCUCUCAGCUACCACCCUCGUGAGUAUGGGUGCACUGGCUGCCAUCCUUGCCUACUGGCUCACUCACCGGCCAAAGGCCUUGCAACCACCGUGCAACCUCCUGAAGCAGUCGGAGGAAGUGGAGGACAGUGGUGGAGCCCGGCGAUCUGUGAUUGGGGGUUGCACUCAGUUGCUUACCCACUACUAUGAUGAUGCCCGGACCAUGUACCAGGUGUUCUGCCGUGGGCUUAGCAUCGCAGGGAACGGGCCCUGUCUAGGCUUCCGGAAGCCAGAGCAACCUUACCAGUGGCUGUCCUACCAAGAGGUGGCCAAAAGAGCUGAAUUUCUGGGGUCAGGACUUCUCCAGCAUGACUGUAAAGUGGGCACAGAGCAGUUCAUUGGUGUUUUUGCACAAAAUCGGCCGGAGUGGAUCAUUGCUGAGCUGGCCUGCUACACAUAUUCCAUGGUGGUGGUACCGCUCUAUGACACCCUGGGCCCAGGGUCUAUCAGCUACAUCAUCAAUACUGCGGACAUCUCCACCGUAAUCGUGGACAAACCCCACAAGGCUACACUUCUGCUGGACCACGUGGAGAGGAAGGAGACUCCGGGCCUCAAGCUCAUCAUCCUCAUGGAGCCGUUUGAGGAUGACCUGAGAGAGAGGGGAAAGAAGUGCGGGGUGGACAUCAAGUCCAUGCAGGCUAUAGAGGACUGUGGCCAAGAGAAUCAUCAUGCCCCCGUGCCCCCACGGCCCGAUGACCUUUCCAUUGUGUGCUUCACAAGUGGUACAACAGGGAACCCCAAAGGUGCGAUGCUCACCCACGGGAACGUGGUGGCCGAUUUCUCAGGCUUUCUGAAAGUGACAGAGAAAGUGAUCUUUCCGAGACAGGACGAUGUGCUCAUCUCCUUCCUGCCUCUGGCUCACAUGUUUGAGAGAGUGAUCCAGAGUCAGUGGGCCCCCACUUGUGCGGAUGUGCACUUUUCCUAUUUGCCUUUAGCACACAUGUUUGAGCGAAUGGUGCAGUCUGUUGUCUACUGCCAUGGAGGGCGCGUGGGCUUCUUCCAGGGAGACAUCCGCCUCCUCUCAGAUGACAUGAAGGCUCUCCGUCCCACCAUCUUUCCUGUAGUCCCACGACUGCUGAAUCGGAUGUAUGACAAGAUCUUCCACCAGGCAGACACCUCACUAAAGCGCUGGCUCCUGGAGUUUGCAGCAAAGCGCAAGCAGGCCGAGGUCCGGAGCGGAAUCAUCAGAAACAACAGUAUCUGGGAUGAGCUGUUCUUUAAUAAGAUUCAGGCCAGUCUUGGUGGACACGUGAGGAUGAUCGUCACUGGAGCAGCCCCCGCGUCACCAACAGUUCUGGGAUUCCUACGAGCAGCCCUGGGGUGCCAGGUCUAUGAAGGUUAUGGGCAAACUGAAUGUACAGCUGGGUGUACCUUCACAACACCAGGGGACUGGACAUCAGGGCACGUAGGGGCACCUCUGCCCUGCAACCAUAUUAAGCUAGUCGAUGCAGAGGAACUCAACUACUGGACCUGCAAAGGAGAAGGAGAGAUAUGUGUGAAAGGACCAAAUGUGUUCAAAGGCUACUUAAAAGACGAGGACAGGACAAAGGAGGCCCUGGACAGCGACGGCUGGCUUCACACUGGAGACAUUGGGAAAUGGCUGCCGGAAGGAACGCUCAAAAUCAUCGAUCGGAAAAAGCACAUAUUUAAACUUGCUCAGGGGGAAUAUGUUGCACCAGAGAAGAUUGAGAAUAUCUACAUCCGGAGUGAGCCUGUGGCGCAAAUCUACGUCCACGGGGACAGCUUAAAGGCCUUUUUGGUUGGCAUUGUCGUGCCUGACCCUGAAGUCAUGCCUUCCUGGGCUCAGAAGAAAGGGAUCGAAGGGACCUAUCAGGAACUCUGCACAAAUAAGGAACUGAAGAAAGCCAUUCUGGAUGACAUGGUGAUGUUGGGGAAAGAAAGUGGACUGCAUUCUUUUGAACAGGUCAAAGCCAUUUACAUCCAUUGUGACAUGUUCUCUGUUCAAAAUGGCCUGCUGACACCAACACUAAAGGCUAAGAGGCCCGAGCUGAGAGACUACUUCAAAAAGCAAAUAGAAGAGCUUUACUCAGUCUGCAUGUGAAGCUCCAGGAGGUCCUUCUCAGUCCCACGAACUUGGCAGCAAUAUUGUAGUUAUCCUUGAGGGAAAAGAGUCAGAAUGCCACAGCUCAAAGUGAACACGCACCUGAUUUUUGCAACUGAGCCUUUCCUGACCCGAGAAGUCUCUAACAAUAUUUUCUCUACCAUCACCAAGUACACUUUAUUUUUAUUAAAUGAUAUUGUAGCAAGCUGCUAAAAAAAUUAUUGCAAACGGUAAUGUAAAAACAAAUCAAGACACUUUCUCAAGAACUGUGUACAACUAAAAGUCAUAUAUUCUCGAUGUUCACAGAAUUCCAUUAAACAUAAAGAAAAAAAACAUAACUGAUACAUUGUACUUAAUUAUUUGUGGAAUAAUAACCAGAUACAGUGAAAGUCUAGGCAAUGUGGACUACCUCAUUAAAUAACUGAUUGUCAACGAUCACAGUUAGCUCAGACCUAAAACUUAAAGCAAGCUAUAGGAAGCCAUGCCAAAACAAAACAGGAUAGUUCCUCUGUGACCUGACUCCCAUCCUCUAACGUGAGCAUCUUUGCCGAUACGAAAGCCUUCUCACUGGUUUUUAUGUUUAUUCAUGAAAAGUGGAAAUGCAGCUGUUCUUAAAGCAAAUAUCAUAUUUAUCUAACAAUUCCCAUAGGGUCUUUCAGUAAUUUUCUCAUUUGGCAAGCUCACUGAAAUAUUCAGAAUCUAUGCACAGAAGAAUAGGUAGGGGUUGCAUUUAUUUACCUACUUCUUACCAUAAGGAAGCUUAAAAGAUGCUUGUUGACUGCAGCAAACGGACUCUUGGCAAACAUUUAGGGGCAGAUGCUCAGUGAUUUCUCAGAGUGGGCACCUAUGUUUCUGCUGGACUCUUUGCCUUUUCCCUUCUCAGUAUGUCUGUGUCAGGUCUGGAAAACACAAGAUGGCUGAAAUUGUGAACGAUGUCAAUUUCUUUUCAAAUGAUAUCAAAGCAAAUGUGAGGGGGAAUAGCUGCUAUUUCCAAAUAAAAGAACUCUUCAGUGACAUGGUACAGACACACUUCUUCAAAAUUCCCCUAGAAAACUGUGGAAGUCCAACAUAGAGGAAUCCCUGCUAAUGGUGUAAUUCCAUCCCCAGAAUCUCCCGAUGCUCCCACUCAACCAGGAAACCUUAAUUGUAUCAUAUGUUUAGUUGCACCCUAAAUCUGAGUGCCAAGAUUCUGAUGUCACCAAAAAGCCUCGAUACCAUGGCCAGUGUAGUUCAAGUUGGCACUAUAAAUUGUGCACUCAAGGAGAGCAAGGUCGCUAGGGAAAUGUUUCUCUUCUGUGGGUACGGGACUCUGAAAGUACGUAGAGAACUCAUGCAGGUCACAUAAUCUUCCCUAAUACAUCUGUGAUCAGUGUGGCAGGACAAGAACUCCUUAGGUCUGAGGGAAACCCAACUUAUUUGUAAGUGAAUGUUCGCAGUCGGAACCUGCAUCAUCCAUCAUGCAGGCCUGUGGGAUGACCCACAUCAUUGAUCACACACCCAUUUCAGUCAUGUUGAGUCAUGACCUCAGCUUCAAUUAAUGUAGUUAUCCCAGUACCUUUUUUUCUUUUUUUUAUAUACACAUUCCUUGGGCAUCAUCUCUCUGAAGACUCACUGUUUUACCUGUUAAUUUGACAUUGACUAAAUGAGCAAUUCUGUAAUUCUGUGCACAUCAAUUUCUUUCACAGUAUGAAGGAGCAAAAUCAGGACCUUGCGCAUGCUAGGCGAGUACUGUUCUGCGGAGCUCUACUCCCAGCCCCGUGUACAUUAAAUUUGAAAUACAUUUCUGGGGAGACCAAAAAGCACAUUGAAAGCCACACCUGAACAGCACUGGCUUUUUAGAUGUUUAAUGUAUGUUCAAUCAAUUAAAAUUUAACAUCAUUACCUAAAUUAGAUAUCUAUAUUAUUUUAAGGACAAGGAGUUUUGCAUUCCAAAUUUUAAAAUCUGUUUUCCAUUGUCCUUCUACUUGACUAGGACCCCAUUGUUGGCUUUGAGUCCAGCAGCGUUUUGAGCACUGCAGCUUUAGGCAAAUGAUUUUAAAAACUACCCUCAUUCCAUUUAUGUCUCAAGGUAGUUAGGUGUGAUUAGUUAUAGACACGUUUUGCUUGUUGUUUGUUUCUUGAAGGAUUUUAUGUUUCUAUUGAACUUCACAAUCUGUGUGGAAACCAUCACACUUAAUGGGAAGCUACAAAUGUGCUCAGAAAGUAAACAGUGGGUCUUCAGUCUUAAAUGCAUCCUGUGUCCUCUUCCCCCUCUGUAGAGUACUACCUAUUUCCAAGAAAGAAAUGAAACAGCAUAAAUCAGUGGGAAAAAAUUCCUCUUGCUUCAGACUUUCCAGUUUAAUCUCAGGGGAUGAAAAUUAAGUUUGUGUUUCUCUUUAAUCAAUAUAGGAAAAAGGCUAAGUGCUUAAGACUUGUCAUGAUCCCAGUGGCCACCAUAUAGUGAUUAAAGUCUAGAGACCACAGAGAGUUGGAUCCUUAAUCAUAAAUACGUUCUUAAAUGUUUGGCAUUUUUGUCUAUUUGUUACUCAAAUGUGUUGCUAAUUCUCGCACUUUUUUCUUUGGACAAAUUAACCCUGUUGGAGUAAGUUAUAAAACAGACAUAGAUAUCUCCCUCACUUGCCACAAAAGAUGUCCUUAUCCAUAGUAUUGAGACUUCCCCUCCAGAUGACAGAGAUUGGCCAGGUGUGCUACAGAGACCUAGCUCCAUGUACUAGGAUCUCAAAUCAGAGGUCCAAGGAGUAGUCAUACCCUGCCUUCCUCACAAGUCUAAGGGGAAAAAAUUCUCUACUGGGAGUUUUACAGUCAGGUAAUAUUUUAGCCAUUUGAAAUCAGCACAUAUAAAGUUACAUUGCAUGGCCCUUGAGAGAACCAAUGAUUAUUGAUUUUUCUGUCAUAAUAAAUGAAUUGUUCUUUAUUUUUCACAUGUAUUAAGCACAGGUCUGAUGCAAUUAUUUAAGAUACAAAAUACUAGAAAACAAAUGCAAAGAAUGGGAAAUUAUAUUUUUGCAUGAAAAUAGACUGCUUACAAAUUUGCUUAAUAUCUCAGGACAAAAGAAUGAACGGUUGUAUGUAAAAUUGGUAAAUUAUAAGUAGGUUGUAUUUUCUUGACAGUUUUUAUUUUAAGAAAACCCUACAGUGGGGGGAGGGGAUCCUGAUAGUCUUAAGUUCUCUCUUAAGUAUGCUACAUAAUCCUGCCUGUGAAUCUACAAAUCCUCCCAUGAGACUGAGACCAGCAUCCACGUGAAGACCAAUCCCUGGACGAGUCCCUCUUCACUAAGAACACAUCAAUGGUUGUACUGCAGAGGUGAUGAGUACUUUCAAAUGUAAAAAAGUGUUUCUAAAACUAGUCCCAAACAUAAAGGGUUUUCAUGAGGUAACAACGCCACGGACGCACUCAUCUCUCCGCUCAUUUUAUGUUUCUUUGUUAAAUCAUUGCAAUGACUGCAUGGGGAAGGGGAAAUGGCUAUUUUUUGAAGAAUUGCUUAUUCUACUUUAAAUUUUUGAAAAUCAAGGAAUUAAAAUAUUACUUUUUAAAUAUGCCUAGAUGUAUCUUAACUGUAAUUAUAUUUUCAUUUGCUUUGUUAUAACAGCAUGAACAGCAAAUAUAAAAUGCACUUACGGAAACUUUUGUAAAAAAUAAAGAUUUUUUUCUUUUUAUUUCU